AGCAUUUUAAUAGUCAGUCCCUAUCCUAUCAAACCAAACUAGUUACCCCUACCCCUACCCCAAACUUGAGAAAAUGAAGGGAAAAUUACUUGCAUGGUUACUGUUGAUGAUCCUAUCAAGCUUCGCUCUCACAAACAGUUCUUUCCAUUUGGAACACCAUCAACGUGAUGUUAAUCUCUCAAGGCCCAUCCUACGAGGACAAGAAACUAUUCAUGGUGUACUUGGCACGGUGAGACUGAAUGGAUCAGAAAAAGAUUAUGAAAGAAGCAACAAAGAACAAGAAGAUUUGGUUGUUUUAGAAAAGGGAAAGAAAGGAAAAACAGGAGUUUAUGGUGGUGCAACUGCUACUCAUCGCCCCGGUCAAGAGAAGAGUAGUGCAACACCCGCCUCUUGUCUCACCGCAAAUACCAUGUUGCCCGUAAUCUUCAAUCUUCAUUUUCGAGCUUUCCAUAUGAGUGUCUACUUGGAUGGACUUGGUGGUUGAUUUCUGCGAUUGAGAAGGGCUUUUCAUGUUGGUUAGGUAUAUGUUUGAUGAGUGUUUAGAUCUCAAUUUAUUGACAAAGCAGGACUGGCGUUUUGCUAAUAGUUCUUGCCGUGUGGAAGUUUUCAAAUAAUUGUCGUGGAUCAACUGCAUGGUUCCUGGAUUUUGCUACUCAUGUAAUUUCCAUAACUCAAGCGAUUGGUUGUACCGUAAUAUUGUAUACUCUCUCUCUAAUCGAGAAAGAAAACUAGUUUGAACUGAGUGAUUAAUAAAGGAGCAGGACUUCAACAUGCUUUAUGUUUUA